AUGGCUUUAGGUAAAACUUCUAUAUCUUUAUCAUCCUUGAAUUUACAGAAAAUUCAUACGAAAUUUAAAAUUUAUAACGAUGUGCCAAUCAUUAAAAGGCACAAGUUUUGCAAAAUUUGUUGUAAACCUUGUAUUUGCCCACGAAUUUUAGCAAGAUAUAAAAAAUUGUUAAAAACUUUGCAAAGCUACAGAAAAAGUGAUAAUUUUAUCCUUAUUGGCGCGAGAUAUAUCACGGAAUUCUAUCAAUGGGUGAAAGAGAAUGAUUUCUUAAGAUCGAUCAUUGCAUCAGCGAUUUUAUUCGCAAUCGGAAUAAAACUCACUGGAGAAAUGAAUGCUUGGAAUUUAUCACAAACUGUUAGUCGAUAGAUCCGAAAAAUCUUCAAACACAUUCAAGUUAAAAAUUUGUUUAAUAU